UUAAAAAAAAAAAAUAAAAAAAAAUCAAACUUUCUCAUUCCUUCAGGUCUCUCACACCCCUCCUUUAAGCCACAUCUCACAGACAGCACUCACAACUCACAAGUCAGACCCCAAAAAGCAAUAAAAGAUUCAACCCACAGAACAAAACAAAACAAAAAAGAAAACCCAACGCUGCAUUUUCAGGAUUUCUCUCUCUACACUACAAGAACUUGAAGCCAGUACCCAUAAAACCAUAUACCAUCUUGGAUUCCACAACCCCUUUCCUGGUUAUUGGGCUGUGGAUCUGCCACCCAAUUCACCAACACUUUCUUUUUCUCGGGUUUCGCAUACUUCAAUUCCCCUCUUCUCUCGUCUCUUCUAUUUGUCUCUCUAAAAACAUACUCUCUCCCUCUCUCUCUCUCUCUCUCUCUCUCUCUCUCUCUCUCCUCAGCUAAUUGAAACAUCAAAAAGGAAAAAGCAUUACCAUAUUUUUUACACUCUAAAACAUCAAACUUUAUCACUAAUACUACGACUGCUACUGCUACUCUAAAACUACUUUUGCAAUAUUAUUGCAUGGCGGGAAAUCCCCCACCUGAGGGAUUAGGAGAUGAUUUCUUUGAGCAGAUCUUGGCAGUGCAGCCAGGGUAUGGAGGCGGUGAUGGUGGUGGCGGUGGAGACGUGGUGGGGUCCACCAUGCCUAUGAUGGGUCUACAGUUGGGGUCUGCCAGUAGUGGUGGUGGUGGAUUGAGAACUAAUAAUAUGGGCAUGAUGCCUUUAGGGUUAAACUUAGAGUUCUUGAGGCAACAAGAAGAUGGUAGUGGUGCUUUAGAUAACAACAACCAUACCAAUAACAACAAUAAUAAUGUUUCAUCUUCUACAACUUCUGUUAUCAAUGAUAGAGAUUCUGUUCACAUGGCGAGUUUGUUCCCAACGUUUGGACAGUUGCAAACCCAGACGCUCCGGCCUCCACCACCACCUCACCUCCACCAGCCAUUUCAUGGUCAGCCAACACCAGGAGUGGUUUCUGCUGCAUCACAGCCACCUGCCAUUCGCCCAAGGGUGCGAGCAAGACGAGGACAAGCCACUGAUCCUCACAGCAUUGCUGAACGGCUGCGUAGAGAGAGGAUUGCAGAGAGAAUGAAGGCUUUGCAGGAGUUGGUUCCUACAGCCAACAAGACGGACAGGGCAGCCAUGAUUGAUGAGAUUGUGGACUAUGUUAAGUUUCUAAGGCUUCAAGUGAAGGUAUUGAGCAUGAGUAGACUGGGAGCAGCAGGUGCAGUGGCUCAGCUUGUAGCUGAUGUACCGCUAGCAUCAGUUGAGGGAGAGAGCAUUGACGGAGCAGCAGCAAAUCAGCAGACUUGGGAGAAGUGGUCAAAUGAUGGUACUGAGCAACAAGUAGCUAAGUUGAUGGAAGAAGACAUAGGAGCUGCUAUGCAAUUCCUCCAGUCCAAGGCACUUUGCAUCAUGCCUAUAUCACUUGCUUCAGCAAUCCUUCGAACACACCCCCCUGAUGCACCAUCAAUUAUCAAGCCUGAAUCAAACACCCCAUCAUAAACCUAACCAAGAAAUUAAUCUCCUUUCACGUGCAGAUGAAUUGCUACCAGCAGACAUCUGGGCCCCAAGUGCUGGUAUAGUCCCAUAUAACUCAUUCUAACUCCUCAUUAUAAAUAUAUAUAUAUAUAUAAUAAAGAAACAAUAUCCAGUUGGUGCAGCUGUUCAUUUUCUUUAGGAGGAGUCAUUUUCAUGUCAAGUAAGAAGAAUCACGGGGCACUUGAUGUUUAUAAUGCUAUGGUCAAGGCAAAUCCAAAAUAUUCAAAAAGCUCCAUUGAUGUGCUUCUAUUUCUUGUAUCUGUGGUGGGGUUAGUGGAGAAUGACCAAAAAAUUAAUAGAUAGUGCUAAGAAACUCUUCUGUUUCAUUUCUCUUUUGGAUAGUGGAAGUGUAGGGCCAUCAAAAGGGGGGUUGAUAGGCAGUGUGCAUGAUGUAUUUGAAAAAUUUGUGUGGAAGUUGAAUCGGAUAAAUGUAGGUUUGUCGUGUAAAUCCAUGUUGGAAACUUCAUGCUUUGACAAUAAUAAUUAUGUUUGCUUACAUUAUUUA